AUGUUAGAUUAUAAUCUUGAAACCCUUGCAGGACCAAAAUGUCAAAGUUUACAAGUCAAAGAUCCAGAUAAAUUUAAUUUUUAUCCUAAAAAAUUAUCAACUGAUAUAUUAAGUAGCCCUGCUACAAGUAUCAUGUCUCAAAGUGAAAUUGAAGAAUUACAAGCAAUUCCACAGUUCUUAGUUGAGGAGAAGAAUUUUGUAACCCUGUCAAACUCAAGACAUCAAUGUGUUCUGGGUACAUGGAAGCUACUUGUUGUAGGCUGUCUCACGCCUACGUGCCACAACUGCAGCUCAGUGCCAACCGGACUGCUAUAA